UAAAAAUAUGCAGUCAGUUUUAAGAUUAAACUGAGAUACAAAAUACACAUUGCGAUCUUGCAUCUCUUUUUAACAACUAAUAAUGUUAUUGCAGGGAAGUGUGUAGCACAGCCUUUAAAUUUUGAAUUUUUCGAGGUGGGGAUCUCGUCCUGCCGCCAUAUUGUGUUGAGCUGUGAGUGCUUGAAGUGAAUAAUUUUGCUUUAACUAGUGUAAAUUCUUGUUUAAUUUGUUUGGGAUUAAAAAGUCUAAAGGUUAUCAGGUGCAAUGGGUGCUAGGCAGAGCAAGCGCUCGGUGGACAUAAGCGGCAAGGAGGCGGAGGGCGCAGGCGAGGUGGCGGCGGCGGGCGCGGGCGGAGAGGGCCGCGUCGAACAGCUCGCCGACGCCGAUGCGCUCAAACCGCAGCUCAACGGCGACGCUCAUAUACAUGAACCCACGGACAAAGAAAAAGAACUGGAUAGCGGUACUCCUGAAAAUGAGAAGGACGCAACGACAGAAAAAGAAAAUAAGGAACAGAACGAGGAUAAGGAUAAAGAAGCGACACCGGUGAGCAACGGUGACGGUGAAAAGCCAGAAAAUGGAGAGACCGCCACCACGCCCGAAGAUGGCAAGAAACCCAAGAAAGAGAAGGUCAAGAAGAAAUGGUCGCUGCGCUCUAUUAGCUUUAGCAGAAAAGAUAAGCCAAAGCAAGAGAAGAAACAAAAGGAAGAGGAACCCAAAACUAAUGGGGAACCCGAAAAAGUUCCAGAAGAGACUGCCGAAGCUUCUCCGGAGCCAGUGGUAAGCGAGGAAACUGAAGAUGUAAAAGCUACUGUUGAAGCUAAAGACGAAAAAGCACCAGAUACACCUGUAACCGAACCGAUCACAAACGGAAGCAGCACACCCGAAUCCCCGAAAAUUGAAACUCCAGCGGCCGAGGAAAUAACUGCUAUUGUCCCAGACGAGGAUAAGACGGAAGUUACACCCGAAUCCGUACCAGAAUUGCCUAUAAAUGGUCUUUCUUUAGAGGAAACUAAAAAUGAAAUUCCUGAGAUCGAAAAUAAAAUUGAAGAGAUUGUCGCAAGCAAACCCGAGGAAACUCCGGUUGAAACGACAGAAGUCGUUCCAGUUCCUGAAAUUCCUGUCAAUAAAGAGGUUUGUGUUGAACAAGUACCUUUGAUAGAACCCACGCCUCCACCGCUUCCUGCAAACCCUCCCCCAUCCUCGGUCGCAUCCUUCGCUGCGACUACUAUGGCACCGGAAUUGACAGACGCUUCGCUAUCUAACACUGCUGAAACUACCGUCCCAGCACAGCCAUCUGCCAUGGACAGCAAAAUCUCAUUCAAUGAUAACCAUUCUGAUCCUCAAACUAAUUUAACUAAUGUUACUGAUGUGCUAACAUUACCUUCAAAAGAGUCUGAGGAAGAAAAUGUAAAUGACAACCUUAACAAAAUUGAGCCUAACGUUGUUUUGGAAACUCCAACUGACACUUUAGAAUCAAAUGUUGAAAUAAAAAUUGAAGAGGAACCUAAGAUUAACCCCGUGCUUAAUGAAGUUAUAACAAUGAAUAAGACAGUAAUCCCUAAAAUAGAAAAAAAAUUAGAAGAAUCGCCAAAGGAACCCUUGCCUAUAGAAACUGGCAAAGCUUUAACUGAGGCAUUAGAAAGCAAAAUAAAUCUAGAAGUGGAUAAAAUUGAAAUGGAAGAUAAGAGCGAAACAAAUGUAAUUAAGGGGCUAGAAACUGAAGCAGAAAUAAAAGCAGAGCCACGCCAUAACGCUCUUGAAAGUAAGGAAGUAGAGCAAAAUCUCACUGAAUCACCUCCCGCUGUAGAAAAUGAAUCUAAAGAUAUUGAACCCAGUUCUCUCCCUCUAGACAACAUAGUACCCACAGUGGACACAAAGGAUGUUAUUACAGCCGAAGUAACAAGUUCUGCUCAAGCAGCUAAUUCUGCUGAAGUAGCAAGUACUGAAGAAUUAGCAAGUACUGCUGAAGAAGUAAGUUCCGAAGAAGUAGUAAGUACUGCUGAAGGAGCAAGUACUGCGGAAGCAGUUAAUGCUGCUGAAGUGGCAAGUACUGCUGAAGAAAUUAGUACUACCGAAAAAUGGUCUACCGACGUAAUUAGUCCUAAUGAAAUAGAUAGUAUUGCCGAAGCAGUUAGUACUACUGAAAUAGAUAGUACUGCUGAAGUAGCAAGUGUCACCGAAGUAGCAAGUACCAACGAAAUAGGUAAUACUGAUGAGGAAGAAAAAAGUAAUGAAAUUUCUCAACUGAAUGAAGAAAUACCUGUACCUCCCAAAACUAACUUACCCAUUCAACCUGCCGCAGUCGCCGAAACAAUCGAUGUUGUUGAGCUUUCUCCACCUGUCCCUAUUGUGCCUGACGAAGUAGACACACAAAAUAUCGCUAUGGAUGAAAGUAAUGACGUUGAUACACAAGAAGCUAUUAAUCCUACCAGUCAAAUAGAUUCGGAUAAUAUUGAAUCUAAUAUUGUUACUGAUGAUAAUAAAAGUACUGAGAUUACUAAUACCGAAAAUGCAGAAAAUAACAAAGCGUAUAAGGAAGAUAAUGAUACGUGCAAAGACGCUCUCGGAAAUGUAAUCGAUACUUUUGAGUGCAACGGAAACAUAAACAACAUUGAUACGGCGCAGGGAAUCGUUGGAGCGGUAACGGACAUCGAUCCUCCCGCGGACGAUGUGCUCAUAUCAAAUACAGAAGCAGAAAAAGAGGUGGUGACCCCUGAUGAUUCGAUUCCACCGUCUCUAUCGGAAACGAACGAGCCGAUGCCGGCGGCUGGAAGCAUGGAGGAGUCGGCAUCGUUGUCACUGGCGCCCCCAGUGCCGUCGCCGCCAGCCUCGCCAGAAGCGACCGGGGACGCGCGUCCGCAUAUCCCACAGGACCCUCUGCCCGAAAAAGUAUGCGACAAAAUGGCUGAAUUGAUUACCGAGGUUUCACCUGUGCCAGAAUUACAGACUGAAAUGGAGACUUCAAGUGAUGUGGCGGUGGCCAACUAAACACUGCCAACAAAAUCCAGCAUCAGACAUCAUCCAAGUGUCUAAAAAUGAGCCUUUUAUUUAUUACAAUUUAUUAUUGUGGCGUAUCAUCGAACUAAGUUCGAUCAAUGAUUUUCAUUGUCAAUGAUGUGGAUUUCAGGUUGAAAAAUUGAGACUUUUCGAAUAGAGUUAUUAUACUAUAAGUUUAGAGUGCUUUGCUUCUGUAACAUUAAGAUACAUAUAUUUUAUUCCCUAGAAUCGAGUUUUAUAUUACCAUAAUAACAAAGUUAUAUAGGCAGUAUACGGUGCGAUAAGUUGGUGCCAUUAUUACAGGGGUAUUAGUUUUGACAUCGUUGGGUGUAGUUUCCUUUUGAAGUUCCUCCAACAUGUAUCGAAAUUUUAAACAUCUAUUAACUAAUUAAUACAUUUAAUUAAAUGUAUCAUAAAAAUGAAUUAAUCAUUUAUGGAAUAAGAAAUAUGAAAAUCAAUUUUGAUACAUUAGUGCAAUGAUAUAUGAUUGAAAAAAUAGAUAUCACACAAAAAUGCUUUUUUAAGAUUUAAAUUUUUCAAGCGAACCUUUAAAGCAAGGUAAUGUUUUUACUUCUGAAUUUCCACAAAAUAUAUAUAAAUGUCAUUAACGUAUGUAUAUUUUGGAGGGCUUUAAAUAUUGGAAACGUAAGCCAUCAUAAUGAAUAAUGAUAUAAUAUGAUAAUUAGAACAAAAUCGAUUAGACAAAAUAUUAAAUGCUAGUAAUUUUUUAACGAAAUAGCAUUAAAUCAUUGGUUUUGUGCUAUUGUGUUUAACAAUUUAAUAAUUGCGUCGUGACAUAUCGCUAAAUUGUUACGUCGUUUGGGUAUGAACUGCAUUAGCGACAGUCAAUUCUCCCAUCAUUAGGCUUUAAUUGAUCGAAACCACCUCGAGCUAAAUUAGAUUAAGACACACUUCAAGAGUACGAGGUCCGAGUUAGUUAUCGACAUUUAUUUGGAUAUAUAUUAAAUAGAAGUAGGUAACUAACGACUCACUGCUUCACGUGAGAGGGAUUCGCUUCGUGGCAGGAUCAAGACAAGAUGAUGUGUGUUUUGGUGACACUAUUAUGUAUAUAUGAAUUUCAUUUUUUCAUUAAUUUUAUAUUAUGUAUUGCAUCUGUUAAUGAUUAUUAUUGUGUGUCAAAUCAAUCGAUAAAAUUAUAUUAUGUAAAUUGUAAAGUGUGAGGUUAUACGAAAUUCCUUCUCAUUAGUAUAUAAUUUACUGUACUUUUAAUUUAUGUUGUAUAAAUUUAGAUUUCAGCUCUCUUUAAUGGAAACUCAUGAAAUAUUAUUACGGCAAUAUGUAACGCAUACUAUGCAAUAGAUUAUGGUAGUGACCAGCUUGGCCACAAAGACAGUAUUGUUGUAGGUUUGUCGGCUUAAAUUUAUGAAUGGUGUUUUAUUGAUUUACUCACUGCGAACAUGGUAUUUAGAGGCCAAGUUUUGGAUUUUACAUUUUUAUGCAUAUACAGACAUAAUUAUAAAUGUAGAGGAGUAGUAGGUGUAAUAAGUUAGUAAGGGCGGUAUGACACAAAACAUGUCGCUUAGUGUAACUACAUUCAUCUUAUACCUAUGACAAUUAGAUUUUUCAUAAGAUUUGAUAUUACUAUACAAUAUUGUCAUUUUCUAUUCCUGUCUGUGUCCAUUAAUUAUAAAGUUUCAAAAUCGUUUUUGUAAUUUUAUACAUUUUUACAAAAUUAUUGUACCACAGCUGCAUAACUGGGAGAAUAACUCCAACUAUGAUGAAGCAGUUAAUGUGAGUGAGACAUUCCAUAUCAAGUUCUUACUAGGUUGUCUGAUCUCUACAUGUUACAUACUAACACUUUAGAAGGACCACAUGAUACAUUCGAGCCGUGAACAAUGAUCAUGGCACGCUUCGCUUCUGUGAUUAUAUACAGUUAUAAAAUCAACUACAUAAUAUAUGCAACGUUUGAUGCCAUGGUUGCAAUAUACAUACCAUGUUCACAGAUAUUUAAAUGUAUCCUAUAUACACCGUAGGAGAGUUAUGCAUAGGUAAUAUAACACAUCACAAUGUGUCUCUACUGACAUUGUGUAUCGUCCACUAUGCCGAAGGCGUCAUAACAAAGAAACGUAUAGACAAAAGUGCAGUUUUACAGUAACUUAUAAAAUGGGAAUAACACAAAACUAGUUUAUUGUGUAACCAAUGCAAGUUGUACAAUAUGCAUGGAAAGAUACGUGAUUUCAUACUUUUGCAAUCAAUUAGUUUUAUUUUAUUCACAGUUUUGUCGCUCCUAUACAACUUCAUUUUAUCUAUACGCCUCUUUGUUCAUGAAGACCUCGAUAUGUUAAGAAUUAUUAAAAUUAAAUAUCAAGAACAUAAUUAUGUGAACAAUGCAACAUGCCACAUCGCAUUUGAUUGAAGUAAAAAUAUCCACAAUGAACCUCCCGGUACACACAAAUGAUAGAUUUUGUCUUUUGUGGAUUGCAUAAGGUCAAUAUUGACUAAAGAUUCUAAAUUAAAGUUGCGCUCUUAAAAGCUGGUAUCUCACCGUCUAUUUUUGUGAUAUGUGGAUAUUCAUUGGCUAUGGCGAUCACAUACUAAUGGCGGACAAAAUAUAUGCCUAUUCGUUAUUUAAAAAUUGUAUCACGUUUCAAAUAUACUGUGAUCGAAGGCAAUCCCUGAAAGUAAUUUAAUUAUGUAGUUACCUUGUCGAGCAGUCAGUAACUAUUUUGGAAUUAAUGCAGCAAAACAAUAGCAACUUUCAUCAUUGUGAAAAGUAAUAAAAAGUCUUCUGACUGUACUUGUUUUUUUUAAACCUAUAUGUUAAAAGUAAAAUUCAUAUUCAAAUACUGUUUUUUAUGUAAUUUUGCUCAUAAUGGCCAUAUGGAAUUUGUAUGAUAAUAAUUGAUACUUAUAAUAGGUAAUUAUGUUAUUCCAUUUAUUAUAAAACUUAAUGUUGAUGUGUGAAUGUCUCUUAUCAAUAAAUUUGAAAAAUAUUU